AUGGACGUAUGGGAAAAACAAAGAAAGAUGAUUAUUCGAAUAAUGAAUAUAGAUAAUAAUGAUAAUGAUAAUGAUGAUCAACAACAACAACAACAAGAAAUUGAUUAUAUAACAACAAAGAUACCAACCAUUAUAUUAUUAGAUAUAAUCAAUAGGAUUGAAGACAAUGUAGAUCUAAUUAGUUGUUUGUUGACUUGUAAAAAGUUAUAUGAAAAGAUUAGACUGCAAUACAGCCAUUCUAUUCGAUUCAAAGGGUUACAGUACAUUGGUAAAAGAAAAGACUAUACAUCAUCAGACGAUGAUCAUAGUUUAGAUUAUUUCACACCACUCGUCUACAAGAUGGGGAGGUGUAUGCCAUCGUUUCGAGGUAUCCUUCAAAACACUCUAUCCAAUCAAUUGGUCAUUGCAAAGAAGAGUCCUGAACUCCUCAACGCAGUAUCUGAUAUAUCUAAAAGGUUAAACAACUUUUAUGUUAUAGAUGGUGUGCUGCACGACGACGAGUCGACCAAUGGUCAAUCGAGUCAACAAUCAAUGUCAUUCAAUUUUGACAAUCAACAACAAUAUAAUAAUCAAGUCUCAAAGGUAUUGUUAGUGUCUAGAUACGACCCUUUGGACUACAUCACAUUACCAUCAUCAACAAGACAACUGAUCAUUGAACAAAGUAAUGGAGACCUAUCAACCUUUAAAAAUUUGGAGUCAUUUAUUCCAUCGACAGUGGAACACUUGGAAAUUGAUUGUGAAUGCCUCGAUCUUUCAAGUACAAGUAACCAAGUAAUACCAAACACGAUCAAAUCAUUGGUUAUUCAUCUAGAUGACUCUAUCGAUCAAAUCGGUGACUAUGAAAAUGAAAUCUGUUUGCCAAGUGGACUUGAAUCUCUUACACUCAGGUUUGGCAGGACUAUACCAUUCAACCAACUACCAUUCAACCAUCUAUUGUCACUCACAACUCUAGAAUUCACAUCCAAAACAGUGACGACAGGCGUACUACCAACUAGUUUAACAAGUCUUAAAAUCAAUCUAGAGAACCCACCUCCAACAGACUUUUUCAAACCAUUGCCCAAUCUAGUAACACUUCAUGUCCAAAUAUUCUUCAUUCGUCGUGACUCGUUUAUAAUGGACCUUGAAUCACUCCAGUAUCUUGAGAGUUUAAAGUUUAGUACAAGCCAAAAAGUUGAUAUCAACCUGCCUGUUUCAGAGUCACUUAUAUGUCUAUCUCUACCAUUCAACUCGACCAAAAUCAGUCAUCUACCAAAAUCUCUAGAGAUCUGUGAUAUAUCUUAUGAAAGGUUAAUGGCUCUCGUUCAGACGACACCCCUUCCAACAUCGCUACACAAAUUGCAAAUCCAAAAUUGUCCUCAUGGUGUACCAGUUGGCGUUAUACCCAAUAGUGUCAAAGUACUUUCCUUUGCAUCUAUAUCGACAGCUUUGAUAGUCGAAGGGUCUAUACCAUCAUCUGUCGAAAAGUUGGGUCUUGGUCGGUACAAUGGUCCUACCUCUCCAUCUUUUCUACCCGACUCUAUCAAACACCUAACAUGGCGUAGAGGCAUAGCACGCACCGAGUCGUUGCCAAAGAACUUGGAAACAUUGACUUGGAAACCACUCAUGAUAUUAUCCUUCGGCGCCCCCGAUAAAUUGGAUGAUAUUAUUAAUCAUACCAAAGUUCAAGAACUAAACUUGACCCUUUCAUCAUCAUCACAAGUUUGGGUACAAUUAGCUAUUCAAAGAUUGGAUAAUGACAAUUCAAAUGUUAUGAUGGUUGAUAACCAAUCUAUAUUUGGUGGAUUCUUUAAACAAAAAAGAAUGGAGGAUGGUAAAUAUGGUCCAUUAUAUCUUGUUUAUCACAAAGAUGGUAAAGAAUCUACUUAUUUUAGUUAUGAAAUACCUACUACUAAAAUAAAUAAAGAAUAA